AUGGCCAUGAAGACUCUACUGGCAACAUCGGUCUUCGUCCUGAUUCACUGCUGCCGUGCCAUUCUGCUCAUCAGAGGACACCCUGAGCCUGUGUUGGCUGGUGGUCCUUUCAGAGUGGAAUGUCUGCUGCAAAACUCUGAAUACAGCAUCAGCAAUGUCCGAAUGGAAACAUAUCGGAACAAUGAAUGGGAGGAUGUUCGGACGGACUUUUGCGUUUUCCCAGUGUACGCUGCUCAGACGGAGGACAAACUGGUCCUGGGUUUUCACUUUGUUUCCGGAGAGAGGAUCGGACCUUAUCGCUGUGUGUUGGACGGUCUCAAUGUGACGACUCCAGAGUUCACCCCCCCACUGAACUUCACCGUUCACUACUUAUAUGGACCAUGGCUGUCUGUGGAGGGCUACCCCCGAGAUCUCCUUCACUCUACACUCACAGUGAAACCAGGAGACGAUGUGGUGGUGAACUGCGCUUCCAAGUCUUCGGAGGAAGCGGACUUGUACUGGUACAAAGAGGACGAUGACUGGACUCUGCCAUCUCCUGCACUCGCUCUGACCCAUGUGAAUGCUAGUGAUGAGGGCAACUACACCUGCUUCAGUAACCACCCCACCAUCCCCUCCCUGAGCAAGAAUCGCACCAUCAACCUCACUGUCCCAUCAGACAGACAGGAGAGGAUGUGGUAUCAGUGGUAUCAGUACCAGUACCAGAACUCACCACUGAUCACCAUAGCAUCGGCAGUUUCUGCGGGGGUGGUCUUUCUGGGAGUCAUCCUCUCGGUGACCGCCUUCUUCUGCGCCAAGAAGAUCAGGACGAGCAAUGGAGCAUCUCCGUCUGCUCCACAUGAGCAGACGGAGAUGGGAGCGUGA